CUGGAGACACCCGAGGAGAAGCGAGCGCGGAGGUUGGCCAAGAAGGAGGCCAAGGAGAGGAAGAAGCGGGAGAAGAUGGGCUGGGGAGAGGAGUACAUGGGGUACACCAACACCGACAACCCCUUCGGCGACAACAACCUGCUGGGCACCUUCAUCUGGAGCAAGGCACUAGAAAAGAAAGGGAUCAGCCACCUGGAUGAGAAGGACCUAAAGGAGAGGAACAAGCGAAUCCAGGAGGACAAUCGCCUGGAGCUGCAGAAGGUGAAGCAGCUGCGCCUGGAGCGGGAGCGGGAGAAGGCCAUGAGGGAGCAGGAGCUGGAGAUGCUGCAGCGGGAGAAAGAGGCAGAGCACUUCAAAACCUGGGAGGAGCAGGAGGACAACUUCCACCUGCAGCAGGCCAAGCUGCGGUCUAAGAUCCGGAUUCGGGAUGGGAGAGCGAAACCCAUCGACCUCCUGGCCAAGUACAUCAGCGCAGAGGACGAUGACCUGGCGGUGGAGAUGCACGAGCCCUACACCUUCCUCAACGGCCUGACCGUCUCCGACAUGGAGGACCUGGUGGAGGACAUCCAGGUGUACAUGGAGCUGGAGCAAGGGAAGAACGUGGAUUUCUGGAGGGACAUGACCAUCAUCACGGAGGAUGAGAUAGCUAAGCUCCGCAAGCUGGAGGCCUCUGGGAAAGGGGGACCAGGGGAGCGCCGUGACGGCGUCAACGCCUCGGUCAGCUCAGACGUGCAGUCUGUGUUCAAGGGAAAGACCUACAACCAGCUGCAAGCUCUGUACCAGGGCAUCGAGAGCAAGAUCCGGGCCGGGGGGCCCAACCUGGACAUCGGGUACUGGGAGAGCCUCCUGCAGCAGCUGAAGGCUUACAUGGCUCGGGCCAGGCUGCGGGAGCGGCACCAGGACGUGCUGCGCCAGAAGCUGUACAAGCUGAAGCAGGAGCAGGGGGUGGAGAGUGAGCCACUCUUCCCCAUCAUCAAGCGGGAACCAGCCUCCCCCAGCGACAGGCUGGACCCAGAGGAGAGCCUUGAGGCGCAGCCAGGGCCGUCCUCGGAGCCAGAGGCAGAGCAGGACGCCGAGGCCAAGGGCGAGGCCGAGGGGGAGGCUGUGCUGAUGGAGGAGGACCUGAUCCAGCAGAGCCUGGACGACUAUGAUGCUGGCAAGUACAGCCCCAGGCUGCUGGGCCCCAACGAGCUGCCCUUCGACGCCCACGUGCUGGAGGCCGAGGAGGACACGCACCGACUGCUGCUCCUGCGCCAGCAGCUCCAGGUGACAGGGGAUGCCUCUGAGAGCACUGAUGACAUCUUCUUCCGCAAGGCCAAGGAGGGCAUGGGCGCGGACGAGGCUCAGUUCAGCGUGGAGAUGCCCCUGACGGGCAAGGCCUACCUGUGGGCCGACAAGUACCGCCCGCGCAAGCCGCGUUUCUUCAACCGCGUGCACACGGGCUUCGAGUGGAACAAGUACAACCAGACCCACUACGACUUCGACAACCCUCCCCCGAAGAUCGUGCAGGGCUACAAGUUCAACAUCUUCUACCCCGACCUCAUCGACAAGCGCUCGACGCCCGAGUACUUCCUGGAGGCCUGUCAGGACAACAAGGACUUCGCCAUCCUGCGCUUCCACGCCGGGCCGCCCUACGAGGACAUCGCCUUCAAGAUUGUCAACAGGGAGUGGGAGUACUCCCACCGCCACGGCUUCCCCUGCCA